AGUGGGCUGUCCAUGGCGAUCGGGACUUGUGGAAUUUAAGCCCUCGGGCCUGGAGCAGGGAAGGAGGUGGUGUCGGCCCCUGGAAGCACCGAGCUGAGGCUGGACCUGACUCGGGAGGGAGGGGGGCGGUGGAGAAGGGCGGACGACUUGCGAGGAGAGCCGGUGGUGAAGGGGAGGCUGAGGAUGGAAGCAGAUCUUGUGAUGAAGAGUUUUGAUUCCCCCUACCUGUGUCACCCAGGCCGACAGAAAAGAAGCUCCUUCACUCGUCUGCAAUUGUAACAGUCCGCCUUCCAAAAAAAAACCCGGGCGUUUAGAAUUAACAAGUGACUUCACCUCCAAGCCGUGUGACGCUUCCCGCUACUGAUUGUGGAUGGUGAAUCCCUGAGGCGGUGGGAGGACUUUGAACGCGGUUCAGCCCCUCAAUCCUGCAUCGUCUGGCGUGUAAGGCUGCAGCGAGACCCCUACCCCGGCUGCGGUUUGGCCGCUGGUCUUAACCACAGUUAAGUGGAACCCAUCAGUUCCGAGACAGACAUGGCGACCUUGGCGUCUUUGUCUGGCAAGGACGCAGCGUCAGGUGCCAAGUUGCCAGCCUUCGCCAAGCCGCUGAACGACCUGGAUUUCCACUCAGGGGCUCGCAUCGAGGAGAUAACCAAACUGAUCCAGGAGUUCGGCAAGCAUGAGCUGAGGGACUUCGACGAUCGCCGGGCGUUAGAGGUGCACACGGCCAAGGACUUCAUUUUCUCCAUGCUGGGUCUCGUUCAGAAGCUGGACCACAAGUUACCCGUGUCGAAUGAGUACCUGCUGCUCUCUGGCGGUGUCCGGGAAGGAGUGGUCGACAUGAACCCCGACGAACUGGGCGACUACGCCAGGGGCACGGACUACGACAUCGACUUCACGCUGCUGGUGCCGGCCCUGAAGCUCCACGACCGCAACCAGCCGGUGACGCUGGACAUGCGCCACUCGGCCCCCUGCCACUCGUGGCUCAGCCUGCGGCUCUUCGACGAGCGGACCAUGGAGAAGUGGAAGGACUGCUGCACGGAAACCCAGCCCGCCCCGGCCAGCGGGGAGAGCGGCGGAGGAGGAGGAGGCGGCGGCAGCUACUACUUCUCGCCCACCAAGGUGGCGGACUGGUUCUUCCGCUCAGUCUGCGCCGUGAUCGAGGAGAUCCGCAGCCACCCCCAGCGCGGCGUGCCCGGGGUGGCCGCGGUGGAGAAGAACGGCACGGUGGUCUCCGUCAUCCUGAACGUGGGCCGCAGCCGCAUGCUGUACGACAUCGUGCCCGUGGUGUCCUUCAAGGGCUGGCCGGCCGUGGCCCAGAACUGGCUGAUGGAGAACCACUUCUGGGACGGCAAGAUCACCGAGGAGGAGGUCAUCAGCGGCUUCUACCUGGUGCCGGCCUGCUCCGGCACGGGGAACCGGGAGAACGAGUGGCGGCUGGCCUUCUCGCGGAGCGAGGUGCAGCUGAAGAAGUGCAUUUCCACCCCCCUGAUCCAGGCCUACCAGGCCUACAAGGCCGUGAUCGUCAAGCUCCUCUCCCGGCCGAGGGCCAUCAGCCCCUAUCACCUGAGGAGCCUGAUGCUGUGGGCCUGUGACCGCCUGCCCUCCAGCUUCCUGGGCCAGGAGGAAAACACGGCCCACUUCCUCCUGGGCCUCCUCGAUGACCUCGCCCACUGCCUGGUCAACAAGUCCUGCCCCAACUACUUCCUGCCCCAGUGCAACAUGUUCGAGCAGCUGUCCGACGGUGCCGUGCUGCUGCUGGCCUGCCGGCUGUCGUCGGUGCGCUCGGACCCCGCCGAGCACCUGCGCAGCGCCAUCGAGCACGCCAAGGCCGCCAACCGGCUGGCCCAGGAGCUGCGGCAGGCGGCGCCGGGCCUGGCCUCCUCCCAGUCGGACGGGGUGCUGGCCAGCUCCGGCCGGCAGGACGACAGCCUGGCCCGCAAGCUGCAGCAGCUGGUGACGGAGAACCAGGGAAAGUCCAUCUCGGUCUUCCUCAACCCCGACGACGUCAGCAAACCUCACUUCAGGAUCGAUGACAAGUUUUUCUGAAGGGCCAGACCGGACUUUUCCGACAGAUGUGUGACCGUCUCGCCCCCUUCACCUCUCCGCCCCGCUCCAACCCCUCCCUCUCCCAGUUGCCCCCCACCGUACUGCGUUGCGGAAUACUGGUGAACCUUCCCUUUCCCCUGCAUUUCGUGAUACACUGGAGAUCACGCUUUGAUGUAUUGUUGAAAAGAGAUUUGUGCUGCCUGAGCGCUUCAUCUUGCACUCAUCAGGACAAACAGAAGAGUACCAAAUUUCAAACAAUCACAAUUUAUACCACCGGAGAAAAGGGUGCUGAUCGGUUGGCAGGUCGACUCUGCUUGACCGAGACGUUGCCGUGGAGACAGCGAUGAGAACUAUAGGCUCCCGGGUGCUUCAAAAAAGGCACAAGGCUUGAACGCGUUCCUUUUGUUUGCAGAGAACGGGUCCCUGUGUCCGGGUGUGUGUCACUUGUGGCAAGAAUAAAAUGAGCCGUGGCAAUGCCUUGGCCAAUCAGACUUAACUUGCCAACCAGUCAGCAUCCUUUUCUCCGCUAGUAUAAAUUGUGUGCGUUUGAAGUUUGGCAUUCUUGUAUUUGUCCUGAUGGGUGCGAGACGAGAACCUUCAGCAACAUGGUUCUCUCUCUUCAGCAAUGUUUACGCUCUGUACAACCAAGCGAAAUGCUGGUAAUGGAGGUUCAAUGGUGGCCCACUCACACUUUUUUUCUUCCUUAUUCACCUUGCCUGUUAUAGGAGGGGCGAGCAGAAGUGGCAUAACUUAGAUUAGUUAAUAAGAUUAACCAGCCCAGUUAAUGGCCGUCUAAUUUCUCUGACUAGCCCUACUGCAACCCAAACCAAGUAUUGCUGAGCUGGAGCCCUGAAGUCACACGUCACAUCCCCACCGUCUGGCUUUGGGUUCCCGGUGCUGUUAGUAGGACUAGAUCGCAAUGGCAGAAGAGCAGAGCUUUCAUACGGCCGACCCAUUCUCAAUCCUCACCCGGUUUUUCCAAACUCCGGGCUCUCCUGUUCAGGGAACGUUUCGAGCUAUACAAACAGCAGGCUGAUUGGUGCUGGUGAAGCCGUAGUGACGGGUGCUGCUUCACGUUAAGUUGUAUCGUUCCCCUUGUUUCUGUACCAAGGUGCAAACUUCGUAUUGCUGACAUCACUGGAAGCACCUCUGUCCUUUCAGAGACCGUGUCUUUUGGCAGAUGAAACUGUGUCCCAAAAUGAUCUGGGAUGUAAAGCUGGGGCUCCAUCAACCUCCUCAGAACAAGGGAUCUUUAACUUGUUGCAACUUUUUUUUGUUUCAUGUCCUAGUUUUAUGCAAAUCUUUAUCCUUUAUUUCUGAAGCAGUUUGUUUUCAACAAUAGCAAAUCCAGGUUGGAACACUAAAGCUAAUGGGUUAAGCACCACACAUGGACACCUGUACUUCCAGAUUUUGUGGUGGUUUUGUUUGUAAUCUUCAGAGCAGUUCCAAUAUCUCCUGGAAGUGAAAUGAGGUUAAAUAUUUAGGUUGAGUCUGUCUGUCUCUCUCUGUCUCUCUCUCUCUGUCUCUGUCUCUCUCUCUGUCUGUCUGUCUCUCUCUCUCUCUCUUUGUCUCAUUCUCUCUCACUCUCACUCACUCUCUGUCUCUCUC